AUCCCUGUGCCCAGAGGCAGUAAAUGCCCAACAGCAGCUCCAUCACCAAAUUCCUCAUCCUGGCACUCGCAGAAAUGCAGGAACUGCAGCUCUUGCACUUCUGUUUUUUCCUGGGCAUCUACCUGGCUGCCCACCUGGGCAACGGACUCAUCAUGUCGACCGCCUCCAUACCCCCAUGUACUUUUUCCUCCUCAAUCUCUCCCUCCUCGACCUGGCCUCCAUCUUCACCAUUGUCCCCACAUCCAUGGCCAAUUCCUUCUGGGAAACAAGGGCUAUUUCCUACUCAGGAUGUGCUGCCUAGGUCUUUUGCUUUCUCUUUUUUAUGUCAGCAGAGUAUUUUCUUCUCACUGUCAUGGCCUAUGACUGCUAUGUUGCCAUCUGCAAACCCCGGCACUACGGGACCCUCCUGGGCAGCAGCGCUUGUGCCAAAAUGGUAGCAGCGGGCUGAGGCAGUGGUUUUCUCAGUGCUGGGCUUCACACUGCCAACACAUUUUCAAUACCACUCUUCCAAGGCAAUGCUGUGGAUCAGUUCUUCUGUGAAAUCCCCCUGCUCCUCAAGCUCUCCUGCCCAGACUCCUACCUCAGGGAAGACGGGCUUCUUGUGGUUAGUCUUUCUGUAGCUUUAGGCUGUUUUGUCUUCAUUGUGCUGUCCUAUGUGCAGAUCCUCAGGGUUGUGCUGAGGAUCUCCUCCGAGCAAGGACAGCACAAAGCCUUUUCCACGUGCCUCCCUCACCUGGCCAUCGUCUCCCUGUUUGCUAGCACUGCCAUGAUUGCCUACCUGAAGCCCCCUUCCAUCUCCUCCCCAUCCCUGGAUCUGGUGGUGGCAGUUCUGUACACAGUGGUAACUCCAGCAGUGAACCCUCUCAUCUACAGCAUGAGGAACGAGGAGCUCAAGCAUGCCAUUAGGAAGGUGAUUUUGUGGAUGUUUCUCAAUAGUGAUAAAUUUCCCAUCUUUCUCCACAAAUGA